UACAAUAACGAUGUAUUUUGAUGCAUCGGUUUUGUUUUUCUUACGUGCAAACUUAUUCAAUGCUUGUCGUUAAGGCGCAUGCUGUAGAUCUUCCGGUGCAAUACUGUUUAUGGGGAGGGGGGCAGUACCUCUGAUGCGUUUGUCGAUAAAAUCAACAGCUUGUUUGUUGCACUAGGUGAAGCAGAGUUAUCACCACGUGCAUACACUCAAUACUGAAUGAGCUGACCUGAAGAGUUUAAGAGAUAUCAGCCAUGCUGUCACAGUUUGUCGCCGGCCUGAAGAGCCGCAAUGAAGAGUCUCGGACGAAGGCUGCGAAGGACAUGCAGCACUACGUCACCACGGAGCUACGGGAGAUGUCAGCGGAGGAGAACACCGCCUUCAUGGACGAACUGAACCACGACAUCUUUGAGAUGGUGUCAAGUUCUGAUGCUAAUGAGAAGAAGGGGGGCAUUCUUGCCAUCGUGAGCCUGAUUGGUGUAGAUGGUGGCAGUAGCUCGACACGCAUCAGCCGGUUUGCCAACUACCUGCGGAACCUCCUGCCCUCCAAUGACCCCGUUGUCAUGGAAAUGGCCUCGCAGGCUGUGGGUCGGCUGGCACUGGCCGGAGGGACCUUCACGGCGGAGUACGUGGAGUUUGAAGUGAAGAGAGCCAUCGAGUGGUUACAGGGAGAUCGACAUGAAGGCAGAAGACAUGCUGCAGUUUUGGUUCUCAGAGAGCUUGCUGUGAGCGCCCCCACGUUCUUCUUUCAACAAGUGCAGCCUUUCUUUGAUAACAUCUUCAAUGCUGUACGAGACCCUAAACAGGCCAUUCGCGAGGGUGCAGUGGCAGCACUGCGUGCCUGUCUGGUACUCACUUCACAGAGGGAGACUAAAGAGAUGCAGAAACCACAGUGGUAUAGGCAAACCUAUGAGGAAGCAGAGAAGGGCUUUGAUGACUCUGCUGGGAAGGAGCGAGGAGUGAACAAAGAUGACCGUGUUCACGGGUCACUGCUGAUCAUUAAUGAACUCAUCAGGAACAGCAGCAUGGAGGGAGAGCGCCUACGACAGGAAAUGGAGGAGAUCAGUCAGCAGCAGGUCCAGCAUGAUCAACAGAAACCCAUCAAGGAGUUCUCCUUCCUCGGAUUCAAGUCCUCCAAGAGCCUGACCAGCCACAGCAGCCAACACAGCAACUCCCACACCACCGUGGCCACCUUCCAGGGGCAGCGGUCAAUGCUGUCCUCCCUGGGGAUGGGGAUGAGGGGGGCGCAGGUGCAGGGGAAGCCUGUCAAUGUGGAGAGUAGGUACUGCAGGGAACUCAUGGAGAGCAAGUUUGAGCUGGUGUGUCAGCAGGUGCUGAAGUAUAGGACCAGCAGGAAUGUGCUGCUGCAGCAGGUGUUGCUCCAGCUGCUGCCCCGCCUGGCUGCCUUCCAGCCACAGAGAUUUGUCCAGUCGUACCUGACAGACACCAUGAGCUACCUACUGGGGUGCCUGAAGAAAGAACGGGAACGCUCGACAGCUUUCCAGGCAGUCGGCCUGCUGGCCGUGGCCGUACGACAGGAAGUCAUCGCCUACCUGAACCGGAUCCUGGAUGUGGUUAGGAUAUCACUGCCGUCGAAGGAGACACCACACAAGAGGCACAAGAACUUUGUGGUGGACCCCUCUGUGUUCACCUGUGUGAGUAUGCUGGCCCGUGCUGUAGGACCCUGCAUCGCCAAGGAGGUGAAAGAACUGUUGGAACCCAUGUUGGCUGUUGGCCUAAGCCCUGCGCUGACUGCAGCCCUGCACGACCUAGCCCAUCAGAUCCCACAGCUGAAGAAGGACAUCCAGGACGGGCUGCUGAAGAUGCUGUCUCUUGUCCUCAUGCACAAGCCUCUCCGUCAUCCUGGCAUGCCACAGAAGUUCACUCCUUCCCUCACUCCAUCUGCUUCCUUCUCAAACAUCCAGGAUGCCAAUGAUGUGACAAACACUGUUCUGGCACUGAGAACUCUGGGUAGCUUUGACUUUGAAGGCCACUCCCUGACAGUGUUUGUGCGACACUGUGCCGACCACUUCCUGGCCAGCGAGCACAAGGAGAUCCGGAUGGAGGCAGCCCGCACCUGUUCUCACCUGCUGUCUCCUUCCAUACAUUUUGACCCAGACUUCCUUUCCAUAUUGCUGGGUAACCACCAUGGCCAUCCCAGCUACACACAGACCCAGGUGGUGGCUGAUGUCCUCAGUAAGCUGCUAGUGGUGGCCAUCACAGACACAGACCCUGAUAUCCGCUACUGUGUGCUGGCCUCGCUGGAUGAGAGGUUUGACGGACAUCUGGCGCAGGCGGAGAACCUGAGCGCCCUGUUUGUGGCUCUGAACGAUGAGGUGUUUGAGAUCCGUGAGCUGGCCAUCUGCACCAUCGGCCGCCUCAGUAGCCUCAACCCUGCCUUUGUCAUGCCUUCACUCAGGAAGACUCUUAUUCAGAUUCUGACUGAACUGGAGCACAGUGGUGUGGGCAGAAACAAGGAGCAGUCAGCGAGGAUGCUGGGACAUCUGGUGGCUAACGCCCCACGACUCAUCAGGCCUUAUAUGGAACCCAUCCUCAAGUCCCUGGUACCCAAGCUGAAGGACCCUGACCCUAACCCAGGGGUGAUCAUCAGUGUCCUGUCCACCAUCGGGGAGCUGGCGCAGGUGGGGGGGCUGGAGAUGAAGAAAUGGGUGGAUGAGCUCUGUCCCAUCAUACUGGACAUGCUACAGGACUCCUCAUCCCUCGCAAAGAGAGAGGUGGCCCUGUGGACCCUGGGCCAGCUGGUGGAGUGUACCGGGUAUGUGGUAGAACCCUACACAAAGUACCCGUCACUGCUGGAGGUACUGCUCAACUUCCUCAAGACUGAACAGGCUCCAGGCAUCAGGAGAGAGGCUGUGAGGGUACUGGGUCUACUGGGUGCCCUUGACCCCUAUAUUCACAAGGUCAACACAGGCGUGAUUGACAGAUCCAGUGACUCUGGUGCAGUGGUCAGCCUGUCUGACACCAAGUCCAGCCCAGAAUCAGGAGAGUCAGCUGCGGAGAUGCUUGUGAACAUGGGAGGCUGUCCCCUGGAGGAGUUCUACCCAGCCGUUGCCAUAGCAACCCUGAUGCGGAUCCUGAGGGACCCGUCCCUCUCCAACCACCACACCAUGGUGGUCCAGGCCAUCACCUUCAUCUUUAAGAGCCUGGGGAUGAAGUGUGUGCAGUUUGUUCCUCAGAUCAUGCCAACAUAUCUCAAUGUGAUCAAGACAUGUGAUGCCAAUGUCAGAGAGUUCCUAUUCCAGCAGAUGGGGAUGCUGAUCUCCAUCAUCAAGCAGCACAUCAGGAACUACCUGGACGACAUCUUCACCAUCAUCAAGGAGUACUGGACCCCCAACAGCCCCAUGCAGAACACCAUCAUCCUGCUGGUGGAGCAGAUUGUCGUGGCUCUUGGAGGGGAGUUCAAGGUGUACCUGCCCCAGAUUGUCCCUCAGAUCCUAAAGGUCUUCAUGCACGACAGCAGCCCUGGAAGAGGAGUCACUGUAAAGCUGUUAAAUGCCAUGCAGAUGUUUGGAGCCAACCUGGAUGACUACCUGCACCUGCUGCUGCCACCUGUCGUCAAGCUGUUUGACUCACCGGACAUUCCCAUCUCUGUCAGAAGAGCUGCCCUGGAGACCAUUGACCGCCUGACCGAUAACCUGGACCUGACCGACUUUGCCUCUCGGAUCAUCCACCCCCUGGUGCGCAUCCUGGACGUGGUGUCGGAGCUCCGCCCUGUUGCCAUGAAUACUCUGUCUUCCCUGGUGAUGCAGCUGGGCAAGAAGUACCAGAUCUUCAUUCCCAUGGUGCACAAGGUGCUGAUGCGGCACCGCAUCUCCCACCAGAAGUACGACAUCCUCAGCUGCAGGAUCAUCAAGGGGUCGACCAUAGCUGAGGAGGAGGAUGACCCCCUCCUGUACCGCCCCAGGCAGAACAAGGGGAAUCUGGCCGAGGACUCGGGCAGCAGUACGAUCGAGGCCACCACCGUCAAGAAACUCCACGUCAGCACAUCCAACUUACAAAAGGCCUGGGGUGCGUCUCGUCGUGUGUCCAAGGAUGACUGGAUGGAGUGGCUGCGGAGGCUGAGUGUGGAGCUGCUGAAGGAAUCCCCCUCCCCUGCACUGCGGUCCUGCUGGGCACUGGCUCAGGCAUACAAUCCACUGGCCAGAGAUCUGUUCAAUGCUGCGUUUGUGUCGUGUUGGUCUGAGCUGCACGAGCAGCAGCAGGAUGAGCUGGUACAGAGUAUCGAGGUGGCGCUGACGUCCCAGGACAUCCCCGAGAUCACACAGACCCUGCUGAACCUGGCCGAGUUCAUGGAGCACAGCGACAGGGGUCCUCUCCCUCUGAAAGAUGACAAUGGAAUCGUCCUUCUGGGUGGCCGUGCCACCAAGUGUCGAGCGUUUGCCAAGGCCCUGCACUACAAGGAGCUGGAGUUCCACAAAGGUCCCAACACAGACGUCUUAGAAGCUCUUAUCAGUAUCAACAACAAGCUUCACCUGCCAGAGGCAGCUGCGGGUGUGCUGGAAUAUGCCAUGAAACAUCAUGGGGGUGAACUGGAUGUUAAGGAGACGUGGUACGAGAAGCUGCAUGAAUGGGGGAAUGCCCUGGCAGCGUACAACAGGAAACAGGACAUGCACAGUGAUGACAUGGAGGUGACACUGGGCCGCAUGCGCUGUUUGGAGGCACUGGGAGAAUGGGGACAACUUUACCAAACAUCGUGUGAGAAGUGGCCCAUGGUCAGUGAUGACACCAGACAGAGCAUGGCCCGGAUGGCGGCUGCCGCAGCCUGGGGUCUGGCCCAAUGGGAGAGCAUGGAGGAGUAUGCCUGCAUGAUCCCGCGGGACACGUACGACGGGGCGUUCUAUCGUGCAGUGUUGGCGCUUCAUCAGGACCACUUUCCACUGGCCCAACAGUGCAUAGACAAGGCCCGUGAUAUCCUGGACACAGAUCUGACGGCCAUGGCGGGUGAGAGUUACGACAGAGCGUACGGCGCCAUGGUGGCCUGUCAGAUGCUGUCGGAACUGGAGGAGAUCAUCCAGUACAAACUGGUGCCAGAACGGCGUGACAUCAUCAAGGAAACAUGGUGGAGCCGACUGCAGGGUUGCCAGAGGGUGGUGGAAGAUUGGCAGAAGAUCCUGCAGGUCCACUCACUGGUGCUCCCCCCUCAGGAGGACAUGAGGUCCUGGCUCAAGUACGCCAGCCUCUGUAGGAAGAGUGGACGACUGGCCCUGUCCCACAAGACCCUGACCAUGCUGCUUGGUUUUGACCCAUCCAAGCAUCCAGACCAGCCCCUGCCCACCAACCAUCCUCAUGUCACCUUUGCCUACAUGAAGCACAUGUGGAGAUCUAACUCCAGAAAUGAGGCAUUCCAACAGCUGCAGUACUUUGUGCAACAAUUCCAAGGUCUCCUGCAAGGGGUCUCUCCUGAAGAUGCACAGCAGAGGACAGACAUGCACAAACUAUUAGGAAGGUGCUACCUGAAGCUGGGAGAGUGGCAGUUGAACCUGCAGGGCAUCAAUGAGAGCACCAUCCCUCAGGUGCUGCGCUACUACUCCGCCUCCACAGAACAUGACAGGAACUGGUACAAGGCCUGGCACUCCUGGGCCUUCAUGAACUACGAGGCAGUGUUACACUACAAGGUGCAGUCAGACCAACAGAAGGCUGGGUCUCAGGCUGAGAGCAACAAUGGGGAGGAGACUGGAGCACAGGAGGACCAGGAGAAGGAGGAGGAAACAGAACAGCCACAGAGCCUGCAGUCUGCCAAGUCAUCCGUGGGCAUGGGGAACAUCCACCACUACACUGUCCCUGCUGUACAAGGGUUCUUCCGCUCCAUCUCCCUGGCUCUGUCCAGCGGGAACUCUCUCCAGGACACCCUGCGUCUGCUGACCCUCUGGUUUGACUACGGCCACUGGCCAGAGGUGUACGAUGCUCUAGUGGAGGGGAUGAAGACUGUGCCGAUAGACACCUGGCUGCAGGUGAUCCCACAGCUGAUCGCCAGGAUUGACACCCCCAGACAGCUGGUAGGGCGUCUCAUCCACCAGCUGCUGACGGACAUCGGCAAACAACAUCCUCAGGCCCUGAUCUACCCUCUGACGGUGGCGUCCAAGUCUGCCAGCCCAGCCCGACACACAGCGGCCAAUCGUAUCCUGAAGAACAUGUGUGAACACAGCCCGCAGCUCGUACAGCAGGCCAUGAUGGUGAGUGAAGAACUAAUCCGAGUGGCGAUCCUGUGGCAUGAGCUGUGGCACGAAGGGUUGGAGGAGGCAUCACGACUGUACUUCGGGGAGCGGAAUGUGAAGGGGAUGUUUGCCGUGCUGGAACCGCUUCACGCCAUGAUGGAGCGGGGACCACAGACUCUCAAAGAAACAUCCUUCAACCAGGCCUAUGGGCGUGACCUGAUGGAGGCGCAGGAGUGGUGCAGGAAGUACACCAGGUCUGGGAACGUGAAGGACCUGACCCAGGCCUGGGACCUGUACUAUCAUGUCUUCAGGAGGAUAUCCAAACAGCUGCCUCAGCUGACAUCCCUGGAGCUGCAGUAUGUGUCUCCUAAGUUGCUGAUGUGUCGUGACCUGGAGUUGGCCGUGCCGGGGACAUACGAGCCCCACAAACCCAUCAUCCAGAUCAGCCGAGCACAGUCAUCCCUCGCUGUCAUCACGUCCAAACAGAGGCCCAGGAAAGUCAGCAUCUAUGGCAGCAACGGUGCAGAUUUCAUGUUCCUGCUGAAGGGCCACGAGGACCUCCGGCAGGAUGAGCGGGUAAUGCAGCUUUUCGGGCUGGUCAACACUCUGCUCGCCAAGGACCCUGAGACCAUGAGGAGACACCUCAGUAUCCAGAGGUACUCUGUGAUCCCCCUGUCCACUAACUCCGGACUGAUCGGCUGGGUGCCCCACUCUGACACCCUGCACACGCUCAUCAGGGACUACAGGGAGAAGAAGAAAAUCCUGCUCAACAUCGAGCACAGGAUCAUGCUCAGGAUGGCUCCCGACUAUGAUCAUCUGACCUUGAUGCAGAAGGUGGAGGUGUUUGAGCAUGCCAUCAACAACACAGCAGGAGACGACCUGGCCAAGAUACUCUGGUACAAGAGUCCCAGCUCAGAGGUGUGGUUUGACAGGAGAACUAACUACACCCGCUCCCUGGCUGUCAUGUCCAUGGUGGGGUACAUCCUGGGUCUGGGAGACAGGCAUCCUUCCAACCUGAUGUUGGACCGUCUGUCCGGUAAGAUCCUGCACAUUGACUUCGGAGACUGUUUCGAGGUUGCCAUGACCAGGGAAAAGUUUCCGGAGAAAAUCCCCUUCCGUCUCACCAGGAUGCUGACCAAUGCCAUGGAGGUGACUGGGAUUGAUGGGAACUACCGUAUCACAUGUGAGAAGGUGAUGCGUGUGCUGAGAGACAACAAGGACUCCGUCAUGGCCGUACUGGAGGCCUUUGUGUACGAUCCUCUGCUCAACUGGAGACUGGUGGACACUGCUCCCAAAGGCAAGAGAUCCAAAACCAGGACAGAAUCUUACUCAGCAAGCCAGUCAGGAGCAGAUGCUCUUGAGGAGAUUGGCCAGGCCACUCAGAGGAACAAGGGCCUGUCUGAGUCUGUACAGGCUUCAUGGGAUGACAGUGAGGGCCCCAAACCUGAGGCUUUGAAUAAGAAGGCAGUGCAGAUCAUCAACAGAGUCAGGGACAAGCUGACAGGUCAUGACUUCAACAAGGAUGAGUCUCUGGAAGUGCCUACCCAGGUGGAGCUCCUGAUUGGUCAGGCUACGUCACAUGAGAACCUGUGUCAGUGUUACAUAGGAUGGUGUCCUUUCUGGUGAUGCUGGACCUUUCCUGUCUACAAGCUCAGACCUGCCACAUCAGUGAUUAGACCUACCAAGUGUCUGUAGCAGUAGGACUGGCAGGUGUUAUGGAGUGUGAUGAAGUGAUGAGUCAUUGUGAUAUACCGGGUGACAGUUGCAAUGCAUGGUUAUCAUGUAUUUGUGCCUACAGGACUAGCUUUACGCAUAAUCUUCAACAAUCAUGAGAGGCUUCAUGUCAUACAGUGUGUAGAGUUGGGUUUGGUUCUAAAGAAAGAGCUUUAAAUAUACUAGACGUCAUGCUGGGUUUCAUCAGCCUGCCACCUUUUGAUCUGAUAGUUUUCAACCCAAAGUUGCAAAUUGGCUUAAAGCCAAAAAAGGGUAAUCUGAUCUAUGACGACAGCGAAGAUGAUGAUGAUGAUGAUGAAUCUGAUCUAUUUACUGUGUAAUUCUUCAUCUGGUACAGGACCCUACAGUAAGUAUGGGGUCAGGUGACAGAUCUUGAUCAAGUUGUGGUUAUAGAUGAACUAAUCUGAAGACUAAUUGUGAAAGAAAUGUGGAAGUGUACAUACAAUAUGAAAUAUAAUGCAUUAAUAUCAACAACUCAAUAAAGGGCAGUCAGUCGCA